CACUACACUCUGGGCCAGGCCAUCUAGCCAGUUCUUAACCUGGUGAUAUGAGUGAGAGGAAAGGAUCUGGUAUCGUCUAUCAGGUGUAUGUUGAGAGCAUUGCAGCGAUGAGUGGAAUUUUAAAGAGGAAGUUUGAAGAAGUUGGUGGCACCUCACCCUGUUCCUGUGUGUGGGAAUCAGAUGAUGACAUGUCUAGCAGUGAAAGUGCUGACAGUGGAAGUAAUGUCCAUCCAUCCACUUCUAAUCAUUUUACUCGUGCGUGUGACAGCAUUGCAGCGAUGAGUGGAAUUUUAAAGAGGAAGUUUGAAGAAGUUGAUGGCUCCUCACCUUGUUCCUCUGUGCGGGAAUCAGAUGAUGACAUUUCUAGCAGUGAAAGUGCUGACAGUGGUGAUAGUGUCAAUCCAUCCACUUCUAAUCAUUUUACCCCGUCUUCAAUCCUGAAGAGAGAGAAGCGGAAGAGAACAAAAAAUGUCCAUUUUAACUGUGUUACUGUGUAUUACUUCACGAGAAGGCAAGGCUUCACCAGUGUUCCCAGCCAAGGGGGAAGCACACUGGGAAUGUCCACUCGCCACAACAGUGUGCGCCAGUACACACUGGGAGAGUUUGCGAUGGAACAGGAGAGGCUUCACCGGGAGAUGUUGAGAGAGCACCUGAGGGAGGAAAAACUCAAUUCUCUAAAGUUAAAGAUGACAAAGAAUGGGACGGUGGAAUCCGAAGAAGCCAAUACGCUGACGCUGGAUGACAUUUCUGAUGACGACAUUGAUCUGGACAACACUGAGGUAGAUGAGUACUUCUUUCUCCAGCCUCUGCCGACAAAGAAGCGCAGGGCGCUGCUGCGAGCGUCUGGGGUGAAGAAGAUUGACGUGGAAGAGAAACACGAGCUGCGAGCCAUCCGCCUGUCCAGAGAGGAUUGUGGCUGUGACUGCCGUGUCUUCUGUGACCCAGAAACCUGCACUUGCAGUCUGGCAGGCAUAAAAUGUCAGGUGGAUCGUAUGUCUUUCCCAUGCGGUUGCACUAAGGAAGGGUGUAGCAAUACCGCAGGUAGAAUCGAAUUUAACCCUAUCCGUGUACGGACUCACUUUUUGCACACAAUAAUGAAACUUGAAUUGGAGAAAAAUAGAGAGCAGCAAGUUCCAGCACUUAAUGGCUGCCACACUGAGAUAAGUGCACACACUAGUUCUAUGAGUCCAGGACCCCACCCGGUUGAAUAUUCAAUUGCAGAAAAUUUUGAGAUUGAAACUGAACCUCCGGCUGCAGUUAUGCAUUCCCAGUCAGCCGAGGACUUGGACUGCCCAGGGGAAGAGGAGGAAGAGGAAGAUGGGAGUAGCUUUUGUAGCGGAGUUACAGAUUCUAGCACACAGAGUUUAGCCCCUAGUGAAUCAGAUGAUGAUGAAGAGGAAGAGGAAGAUGAGGAGGAAGAUGAGGAGGAAGAAAAAGCAGAUGAUUUUGUAGAAAGCAUGGGCUCCCAUGCUGAUAUGGUGCCUCUUCCUUCUGUCCUUUGCUACUCUGAUGGAACUGCUGUGCAUGAAAACCACUCUAAAAAUGCCUCAUACUAUACUAACUCUUCAACUCUGUAUUACCAAAUAGAGAACCACGUUGCUGGCACUGCUAACCAGAUCGGUGAGACUUACUCAGAAAGGGAUGCUGUCAAGAACGGUAGUCUUUCUCUGGUGCCUUACAACAUGACUUCUGAACAGUUUGUUGACUACACACGGCAAUCAGAGGAAACUUUUAGCAGCCCUCAUUACCCUUCUGCAAACCCCUCAGUGAUUGUUUGCUGCUCAUCUUCUGAAGGGGAUGGCAGUGCUCCAUGUAACAGUUUAUACACUGAGCAUAGGCCAAGUCACCCGCAAGUGGAAUUUCACUCCUACUUGAAAGGUCCUUCUCCAGAUGGCUUUGUGUCAGCUUUGAACGGCGACAGCCACGUGCAAGAGCACCCUGCUGAGAAUUCACUAAACCUCCCAGAAAAGAGCAGACUGCACGAGGAGUGCAUCAAAUCUCCAGUGGUAGAAACAGUACCUGUUUAAUAUUAAAAUUAUUCUAGGACUGACUUCCUGUAUUAAAAUUCACUCCCAUCGGACUUUCCUAGAAUCUUACUUUUUUAAGAGGUAGACAACACUUGGACUGUAAUCAAUGUUCCAGACACAUUGUGUUUUCUCAAGCUACACUGGCAGUGGUAUUGCACAAAAACAGUUCACAUAAAGAUUUAAAUAAUCAAACCUUUUUUUGAUAAAAAUAAAACAAGUAAGUAAAAAAACACAGCCAACCUAUUUCAAAGUAGCCUACCUAUGGACAUGUGUGAAACCUGCCAAGCUAUCUGAAUCAAAGCUUUGUGUUUUUGACUGUCGGGCCUGUGCAAAAAUGUUAAAAAUGAUACUUUGAAAUAAUCAUGUUUAGAGUCCUAAUUUUCAACUUAUCUGAAAAGAUGGUAAGUUUAACGUAAAAGUAACUACUGUACAAAAAAAGUUUUAAUUGUUCUGUACUGUAUGUAUUUUAUUUAUGGUAGUUUACAAUUCAUGUUUUGAAAAAAAUGAACAGCAUGUUCAUUUAAGCAGAAAAUCCAUAGCUAGUUACAAAGAGCAUAUCCACUUUUCAUCUGGAGUACCUUGUAUUCUUUUUUUUUUUUAAUACCGUUUCUGGUACAUUGUCUUGAAACACAUUUUUUAGAGUGUGCUGUUUUCUCUUUUACUGUUCUUGACAAACAGAAUAGUCAGAAAGGGGGCAUUUACAUCUUCUAGAAAGGUAGACAAUCCUCCAUUAAAACUAAAAUCAGUGGCAUUCCAGAACUAGUACCCUCACCCCAAAGAAAAAAGAUCUUGUAUAUAAUGGCAAAGCAGUAGCUUAAGUUUGCACAGCACCUUUUAGCCCAACAACCAUUCAGAUACUUUGCACUUUAGUGCUGUUUUGCAGGACUGUAUUAACUGCGGGAACUGUGAACCACUCUGGAGAAAUGCCAUAGCCCCACUCUCUGAGGCGUUUCUAAGAUCUUAAAAUUCAUUGUAACAAAACCUGGACGUUUUUCCCAAGCCAGUUUAUGAAUAUGUCAGUAUGCAAUUUAUAAAAGCAGAGCCUUCUUGAUCAAAGCUUAAAUAAAGCAUGGGAAAAAAUGCAGAACUCUCUAGAUUGCCUAAACAUUUAACAGUUUUUAUGAAAUAUGAGACUGGCUUUUGUGGACUUCUGAUUGUACCUCAAAUGUAGCAUCGUUUGGUCUAAAUAGGAUUCAGUGAGGAAAAAAGCUUCAGAAAUUUUGUAGCUGCAAAAGUCUGCAAGCAAAAUAGCAUGUGUGUCAUAUGAAUAUCCAUUACCUUGUGAUCCAUUUGUUUUUAAAUGAAAUGGGAAUUAAAAGUACCUGAUGUAUAUCAACCUUUAAUUUAUUAACCAACCUUGCUCUUGUCUAGAAAAGGAGGCAUAGGAACCAGGUUUUUGCUGCACUGGAAAUUCUGCACUGCCUUAUUUUGAUUUCAAAAUCUAUUUUAGCAUUUUUAUUCUUCUAAUACUGAAAUUUUAUUUAUUCUACAUCAAGUAAUUGAAAUGUAGACCUGUCUUGUUUGUCAAAAUAAGAAUCAGCAUCUUAGUUUUAUCUGUGUCAAAUCUAGAUGGUUAACAGUGUGCAUGUAAACACAGUGUAAAUUUUAGCUCUGUAACAAUGACUCUUCUGGUUAGAAGCUCUUUAAAACACCACAUACAGUAUUCCAGUAGAAAAACUGCCAGGUGUAAAAUGGGCUUUUCAUUGAAAAAAAAAAAGCUAACUUAAUUGUUUUUAUAUGAAAUCUGGGCAAAACAAUUUCUCAUAUUUAUGCUAAGUUAGCAAAAUAUUUUUACUCCAUGUAGUAGCUGGAAAGGUUUUUUAUUUACUUGUUUCCACAAGAAGUCCUACACAGUUUAUAUGAACUGCAUUGAAAAGUCUAGUUCUCUAGGGACUGGAUUCCAAACUUGCAUCAUAUUCCACCUCCUGAGAAAGCACAUUUGUGUUCGUUAUCUGGCUCAGCAAUUCCAUAGCUGCUGUUCCUCCUGUAGUCACAGAACACUGCAGUCUCUUUCUCUAAGGUUGAGUAGCCAGGUAAACACCCGUAUUCUGCGACACAAAUACCCUUGAGUUUUAAAGAGAAACGUGCUGGUUCUUAAAGUUCUGCAUCUGAGAAUAAUAUUAUUCUGUUCAGGAUCUUCUAAGGGCAAAUGUAAUAAGUCUCUGUGUAUACAGGCAUCUUGCAUCAACGGCGAGUUAAAUUUGGCACUCUCACUUAACACCAGCACCAAAAGCACAAAUCUCUUCUGCUUGAGCUGGGACAGUAGAUCAGGAGCAACUCUUUACCCUCAGAGUGUGUUGGAGAACCACACACACUUUACUGGGGUGUUUAUCUCAGGGGAAAGUUAAAUGAAAUCUUUUGUUUUAUUAUUCACCCCCUUACUGAGCAAUAAGAAAUUAUUUUCCUGGCCCCUGUGCUUUCACCUGAAAAAUAUCUUUCAUUUUAUCAGCAAGCACAGUAAGUGAUUAACUUCACAAAAUAUAUGUCAUCCAGUUUUUAAAUACUGAGGUGGUGGUUAUUUACUAUUUCCAUUCGCACAGGCUUCAGAUCCCAGUCCUGGUUAAUAUCAGCACCUGUGUAAACUUUGGAGUACUGAGAUGCGUGUGUUCCAUGCCAUUGCGGCAUCAGGGGUGAAUGCAGCCAAAUUCUCUCAAGCCUGCAGCACAGGAUAACAAGCAGUCACAUCUUGGAAGAGAUGUAUUUUUUAAAAAUAGGCUAAACCUGUUGCCCAGCCAAUUCCAUGCCAGCAAAUAACAAAGCUAAGGCCUUAUCUAGCAUGUGUAAGUUAACUAGAGUGACAAAAAAAAUAGUUGCAGCCCUGACCAAACAGGAAGGUUAAUUUAACUGACAGGUGGGCUAAUUUACCUGAAAUCUAGAGUAGGAUGUAGAAAUCAGGUGAGAGUCAGGUUUCCCACCACUUGAUUAGACUUGGAUGUUUUGUUUAGAACAAAAAACAUACUCUUCAUUUAAGGAAAAACAAGCUUAAAUAAAUCAUAGUAUGGAAAAUAUUUUAAUGUUAUUUUCUGGGCUAGUAUAUAAUAAUGCAUGCUGUGUCCCAUUUCUCAACUGGCUAAUAGUCUUUUUGAUAACCAGUCCUUUCAUUUUGGGUAGGCUGUUUCUGUGUGAUAAAAGUAUUAUAUUACUAAAUGAUAACCAGCAGUAUUUGCUUCUGUCAACACAGUGUAUCAUUUGAGGAAAUGUUUACUUUACUGAUAGUUGUAUCAGCUUUAUUUUGCAAGAUAUCUGACUAGUGAUAAACACUCCUAAGGAACCAGGUAAUCAUUUAUGAUUAUAUUGCAUAGUUCAGGAAAAUUAAUCAUAACAUAAGCAUUUCCCUCUGUUAAAAUAAACCAGAAUUUUCAUACAGAAGAUCACUGAAACAGCACCUAAAACCAGAUGCCUUUUUGCCUAUAAGGUGAACUUCACCUUUCUUGGAAAAAAAUACAUUGUUAAAUAUAUGCAAAGCUUUAACUGAUGUUAGACAUGAAAUUAGAACUUUUCUGCACAAUUAAUUACAGCAAUUGCAAUUGCUGCAAUUCUCAUGCCCACUGGAACAUCCUUAAAAAGUUAAAAGCUGGUCAGUAAAACUUUCUACUAUCCUUUAUGGAGUUGUCUGCAAUUUAGAUCAGAAAGUUCUAGAUUUGUAAAGUUUUACUACUUUUCAUUUCCACAAGCUCCUGCUAAUGAAUCAUAGUUGGAGUUGACAUUAAUUUAUUUUAAGUCCAUCGUACACGGCCAUAGAUACAGUUCAGCCUGAUCAGUGCUCUGGUAACAGAGCGAUCCUGUCUUUUGUGGACGUGCUGCAGAAAUCCUAUGUAGUGUUGGUGGUGCUGUUACUGAUUGCUGACUGAUCCAGAGCCAGUUUCAAACCGUACCUGCGUGUUUUAUGUCAGUAAAUGUGAUAACAUGUUGCUUUCCCUGCCUCACAGGGAGUAUCUUCACAAACACAGCUAGUUUUUUUAAAGAUUGUAUACAUAUAUUUGUAUGCAAAACAGAACAUAUAUUAUGUUUUUUAAUAUUUCAGGUGUUCCUGACUCUGAUAGAAAUGUGAUAUACUAGAUAGAGAGGACUGGGCUCAGAGAGACGAGACCUGUGUUCUGUUGCCUUUGCCUUUGUUGUGUCACUUGCAUCCUCUGUGCUCUGGUUUGUAAUGUACUUGGAGAUACUGUGAUAAAACAUAAUUCUUUAAAACAGGCAAAAUACCGUUUUAUUCCUCUUUUUUUUGGUAUCAUAACUGAAUUUUUGUACUGCAGACUACACCACUUUCCAAAUAAAGCCCAGUCCAGAAGUGAACAGAAAUUUUUCACUUAUGUGAAGCACAGCUAAAGCAAGCUCUCCUUUCCUUAGACUGGAGUAAUGAGCAGAAGUUUAACAGUAAAUUGCACAGUGAAAAAUUAGAAUAAAAGCUGUGUUGCAUAUACAACAUUUACCUGUCAAGUGCUUAACAUUUGAGCAGCAAGAUUGUAGUUUGCCUGCAACACCAUACUUGGAAGCAGCAGGCAGUCUUACUCCCUUGUGCAGUGUCUUCUUUUGCUGGCUGAAUUCUGUCCCUUGGAACUCCUUGCCUGGACUGCUCCUGUAGCAAAGCAGCUGCCCUUACUCAAAGGUAAAGCAAGAGAGACCCAUUAUAUCCUUUUAAAAGGCAUUUGCUAAAUAAGGAUCUCCACUGUUACAGCUCAUGAGUUGUAUAAACUCAUGUUCAUUGUGCCAGUUGUUUUAUUUCCUGAAACAGUCAGGAACAGGGACGGAAGAGGAUGAUAUGGAAAAUCCUCAAGUGUUCCUGCUGAGACUGAAGAGUAAUUCUAUCAUCUACUUUAUUAUGGUUGCAGAACAUUUGAUAUAAAAUACUUUGAAAAACUAGAAGUAACUCAGAGAAUAUAUUCUAUAGAAUUUAUUUCUAAAAUAUUAAAUCUGAUUACUAUUUUUUUAAAAUGGUAGAAAACUUAUUUUCAAAACAGACUUACGUGUUCUGUGGUAUGAGAAAUCUCAGCAUUUGCCUUUUCAGUGUUUCCAGGUUUUUCUAAUAUUCUUAAUUUUGCUAUUCUCUGUAAUCAUUGUCCACGUGCAAAUUAUUAAUUGUCCAUUUUCUCCAAGAAAUGUCAAAUCCAAAGCGCAAACAUUGUGAAGUGUUCUUCACAACUUUUUCCUUUUCACUGUCUCUUCCUGUUCCUAAAUCCAAGGCAGCUUCUAAUGUUGUUGCUAAUAAAUGUGCCAGAGUAUUGUUUCCACUUAAGGAGGAAAGUUAUAACAACCUUGAGGAUUUUUCUGUUACUCUAAUGGCUGAUACCAAGAAUUUUACUUUUAAUAUGGAACAUCCAAUUCAUGAAACAUGUUGUGCAGCAUAAGUGUUCUUUUUUAAUGCCUUCCUUCCUAUCAGUGUUUGGGAGGUCUGUACAGUAAGACUUUUCAUUACAGUUGAGCAAAAGGGCAACUCCCGUGUCCUCUGUGCUGUGAAUUAGAUCUUGAAAAGCCAGGUUGGAUGGGGCUUUCAACAACUGGACCUAGAGGCAUCUCUGCCCAUGGCAGGGGGGUUGGCAUUAGAAGAUCUUUAAGGUCCAUUCCAGAGGAGGCCAUUCUGUGAUUCUGUGAGUUAAAAUGUGUGUUGCUCUGGUGCUGUGCAGUCUUUGUGGUUGGAGGACACCCAGAACUCAGGAGGUCCCACUGCCUGGAGAACCACAUUCCUGAUGCUCUGUACUGCAGCUUCUCAACUGAGAGGAUGAUAGUCUUCAUCCAAGGCUGGGGGUGGGACAAGAAAGUUAAAGGGCAAACUUUGUCCUUUAUUUACUCAGUUAUCUUAAUUUGGAUCUUAGGAAUGACACUUCUGUUUCAUGAAUGAAUGUCCAGUAGAACCAAGUUGAAGUUUGCCUCUCAUGUGCAUUCUUCUCUAACUGAUCACUUUUCCAAUAAACCAUGAAGAUGGGAUUGACUUUUCAUGAUAGACAGGAAAGUGGAGGAGGAUUCAAAUGCACAUCAUUGUUCUAACACAAGAAUCAAGGUACUCCUUGCUCUUGAAGCACUAGAGUGAGGGGAGGAUAGAAAGAACAAUUUAGAGGAAAAGAAGAUGAAGGUAAGAGGCAGAUUGAUGAAGAUUAUCUUUUUUCUAAAGGGCAAACCAAAACAUUACAUAUUAAAAAAAAAGGAAGGAAAAUGGGAAAUUAAGAUCUCUCCAGAACAAGGAUGGAAAAGUGUAUGGAUGUUUAACUACAAGCUUGCCCAUGUUAGAUGAUAAUAUUGAUUCUGUUACUUAAUAUACUUUAAACCAAACGAACUCAGUGCAAACAAGAAAUGCCAUUUUUCCAGACCAGUUACAUACAGGUGGCCAUUAAAUAAAAGACUUAUCCAAAUGCAUGGGGUAAAAACUAAAAGCAAAGCCACACUUAGAAGCACUGCUACCCUGUCCUUUCUUUGCCUAUGGCAAUUACAAAGUCAUUUUCAGUAUCAUUUCUGUUAACUCUGCUCCCAAGCACAUAUUCUCAUAUAACCAGUUUCUCAGAUAACAAGAGACGUUAAAAGCAAAGACAAAAUAGGUGUCCUUUUUAUUAGCAUUUUAGUUUGGGAUUUUCAAAUGAGACUUAGUACACAUUAUAGCAGAUAAUUAUUUUAGGUUUCUCCAUCUGGAACUUUUAAAGUACGUUCCUGAAGUUUUGGGUUUUGCUGGGGUACCAGGGGAUCAGUACAGAUACAGAUUAAGCACCAGUUCUCAGCUUCUUGAAAAGAUCAUCCUGUGCACUGGCAGCUGGUUCUCUUAAAACCCAAAGCAAACAUGCUGGUUUUUUCCCAGCCAUUUCACACAAGUACCAUCAACUACUCAUGUAAACAGUGCUUAACAACUGGGCCCUUCUUUUAAUUGACUGACUGUAGGUGCUUCUAUGGAAAUACGUCUGAAGUGUAGUUUGUGAAACAUGUUAAAAAAUUGUUUGAUGUAAAAUAAGCACUAGACAUUUAACAGUGCAAAAAUAGUCAAAAUCUGUAGAUUACAAAUCCAUUCCUGAGAGCCUCAGCCUGUAAUAUUGUCUUAGUAAAGUUGAUCUUUUAAGUUAAAUUGCAUUCUGAUGUAAUUACCUUUUACAAAUAAAAUUAUUAAUACAAAUGUACUGGUUAAUACCUGUUAACAUAAAACAUGGCUAAUUGGUUAUUUUGAUUUGUUUCCAUCUAUAGCAAAUAGAAAAUUUGUAAAAAAAACCCCAACCAAACAAAACCCAACACUUAUUACCUUUUAUACGUUUAAAGUAUUUUCACUGUUUUAACAAAUACAGACUAUGUAACAUUUACACUGUCGAGUCCAACCCUGUCUUUCAGGAGGUUCAUUUCUCUGUGUGUAUAUAUAUAUAUAUAUAUAUUUCCCCAUAAGAAUAUAAGAUUGCUUUUGAAAUUUUUGUUGGCAAGUGGUAAAUAAUACACCGCAGCAUAGAUUCAAAAGCACUUAAUCUGAUGGUCUUUCAGACAGGUAAUCCACUCAAAUGGGACUAGUAAAACUGUGGUGUAAUUGCAGCCAUUUCUUUAAACUUUGUACAUUACUUCUAACUUUACUAAUUUCUGAGAAAAAUAAUUAUGUUAAGUACUUAACAUUUUCCAUUACAGAUUAUCUUGUAUACUAAAAUAAUGGAGAUCUCAACAGUAAAGCAAGAUAUUUAAUUGGACUGCUGCUUUUAAACUGUUUGAAGAAGCGAAGGGAAAGAAAGUUCAUCUUAAAAUCUGUACAUGGAAAUAAUUUUAAGCUUCAUGAACUACACAUUUCCUUAAUUUCCUUUUUUUAAACAAGUUGUAACAUCAAAGAUGCCAAAGGGUAAUAUAAGCUACAAUAAUAUUCAACAGAACUUAACCUAGACCUUACGUUGUAAUAAUUUAUUCAAAUUAACUGUAUUCUUCUGUAUUUAUAUUUUCGGUAUUUAUUAUGAAUGAUAUGGAAUUUGAUGUAUUUAUUGUGGCUUAUUACUGCAGUGUAUAUAUUACAAAAAUGAGCAUUUUUAAGUCUUAACAUUAGUUUUUUUUGUUAAUUAGUGGCACUUGUAUCAGCUGUAUUUUUAUUAUAUAUUGUACAAUAUAUAUUGUCCAUUUGUUUGCAAUGAAGUAAAACAGGUUUCUACGUUA